AUGCUCUCCAACACAACAGGAUCGGGUAUCCACAGAUAUAGAUUGAAGAUACAGAACGAUCCUUGGAGCCGCCCAGGGAGCGAGACAAGAGGUCAAGAGAAGGUAAUGGGUCAAUGGGGACUUGGCAGGUCGGAAUCGCAAUCAGCUCGACAGGAUUGUUUCGUUCAAGCCGUUUGCGAAAGCGGUGGCAAGGGUAGAGCAGGAUCAACGCGAGUCACGCGCGCCCAACAACGGAUGGCCACAGAUGAACGGCUCAGCCACAUUGAAAGGCAAACCGGCAGACGGGGUUCUGACAGGAACAGCACAGGCAAGGAAACGUGCAAACAGCAAGGACAACAAGGGCAGGACAAGGAAUUACAUGGUCUAGACAAGACAAGACAAGAAAAGACAAGACAAGAGAACAAACGAAAAGCGCAUCACUCACCGGAUCGUCAGUCGCAUCGGCCUUGUACUUUGAUGCAGGAGGAGGAGGCCCAAGGUCGGUUUGGACCAUGGUGGUCAUGGCUGGACCGCGAUGGUCCUGAAGGGCACUUCCCUCGAAUGACAAUGGGCAAUGUGAAGAAGUUGCGUGCCUGCUGGUACCGCGAUGCGAUCAGAGCUGCAGAAUGCGUUGAUAGUCCAGAAGCGGCAUCAAUCGGUAGCUUUGGGCUGGCGUCCGGGUAG